UGCACGUGGCGCCCUCGGCUGGAGACUCGCGCGUUCGGGUGGGAGUGAGGCCGGGGAGCCACCAUGGCGUCGCUGAGUUGUAGCGCCGUCGUCUGCGUGAUUUGCUUGGAGGAGCCCAAAUACCGCUGCCCCGCCUGCCGCAUGCCCUACUGCUCCGUGGGCUGCUUCCGGAAGCACAAAGAGCAGUGCAACCCUAAAACUCGUCCUAUGGAGAAAAAAAGAUCAGCUGUUACUGCAACAAGUAUAAAGCCUGCAGAAGACAGAGAUGAUGAUGACUCUGUAGCCGAUUUUCUCAACAGUGAUGAGGAAGAGGACAGAGUUCCUUUGCAGAAUUUAAAGAAUUUAGGGGAGUCUGCAGCAUUAAGAAGCCUACUGCUCAAUCCACACCUUAGACAGUUGAUGGUCAGCCUCGAUCAGGGAGACAACAAGGCAGAGCUCAUGAGGGCCUGCAUGCAGGAGCCCUUGUUUGUGGAGUUUGCCGACUGCUGUUUACGGAUUGUGGAACCGUCCCAGGAUGAGGAUUCUUAAGAUGGUUUAUUGUGCUGCUUACUCAGUCAUGUGCGUGGCUCAGAACCUGCCUGCUCCUUCUCCCAGGACAGCUAGUGAGGGGCCCUGAGCAGGGGGUGGUGACUUCCAGACUAUAGGCUGGCUGAUGUAGGGUGGGUAGGCCGCAUACGUGUUUAUCUCAAGCAUUGUAGGCAUGGAUUUCAGGCAAGAUGGGAUGUUUGAGGUGGCAAACCCUUUAUGGAAAGAGAAUUUGACAUUUAGGUGGUUGUCUUUAAAUGUUUUAUUUUUGGUACAGGUUAGACAUCGCAAAUGAUACUAUGAAGUUUUAUAUGCAUUUAAGUUAAAACUUGUUCAUUGUUGCUAAAGUCAAGAUAAAUAAAGUCAAGAUAUGGUUAUUCUCUGGUUAA